AGCCUAGAACGCGUUUCAGGUAAUCGAAAAAGCAGCUUGAUUAAUAUUAAGCGAAAGCCCAUUCCCUACGGUAUCACUCAAGGUAAUUUGCCCUUGAACCAUCACCCAGGUGAGGAUGGUUUAUUCGCGUGGUCUUCCUUACAUGGAGGGUCAUUUCACUCAAUUGAGAGGAAACGCUCGAAACGAACUAGUCAAAUUUCGGGUUUUCUUUCUUGAACUGGUCAUAAUUCCUGCUUUUUUUGAUGAGCAACUUUCAGAUGAAGAGGCUUCUGAUCAACGAUUCAGAGUCCACAUUCCUCGUGGUUGAACGACUCUGCCAAACCUAAUAAUGAGCGGAAGUGUUCAUUUCCUUGGCCAUCACCAAAGCUAUAAAACAACGUCAAGCCACCAACGACGUUGCUCACUCAUCGCAGGAGUCUCGUCCCUCGUUGUCCAUUGUCCCAUAACAACCUUUUAAAGGGAAAUGAAGCGCCUCAAGAAGAGGCAUGACACGGUGGAGAGCCCUUUAGAGUUCGGACACGUACGGACCAUGGACCUGAUCGAUCCGGCAGUGUGUGUGUGUAUAUAUGCUCUAUGAGAUACCACUAUAGUAGAGCAGCUCCCAGCUCUCCAAGGCUCCCAGUGCUGUCCUCCCCAACGCCCGUUAUGCCGGCUCCUUGGAACAACGAUCCUCUGCCCGCUCACCACCAGCAUAUCAACGAGAAAUGGACCACCAUCCCGGUACCCAGUCUGUCCAAGCAGACCCGUUCCACGGCUACGACCCAUUUGUCGGUAGAUGCGCCCAUUUGCAUCGAGUGUCUGGCCCUGGAGAACACCUUCUUCGACCCCAAUUGUAAGGGAUGCAAGAGCUCGUUGUUGUGCGAGGACUCAAAGAUCUCGCAUGUCUUUGCCGUGAUGCGGCAAUGGGUCCCACAGGUUCAACAAUGUAUCGAGUUCCUGAUUAACGAGGCCGUCCGUCGAGGAGCCCACCCUGAUGACCGAGAUAGCCUGACCGACAUGACCUUACUAAUGUAUGCCUGCAAAGCUGGAGCAAAUGGAGUGGGAGACGCUCAAUCAGCUGCUAGGGUUGCCAAACUGCUGAUUGAUAUGGGAGCGGAUUUAACGUUGCGCUGCAAGUGGACCCAAAUGACUGCCUUACACUAUGCGGCUUACUUUGACGUGGCGCCCGUUAUUACCCAUCUCCUCAUGAAGAGCAAGGGAACGGAUGUGGAUAGUCCUUGUGUGGAACACGAGAAUGGAACAGCCUUGCACAUUGCCACUGGAAAUCUGAGUGCUGAGGCUAUCCGUGUUCUGCUUCAGUUUGGCGCAGACCCCGAUCUCAAGGACGAUUUGGCUCGGAAACCCAUUGAUUGUCUGCCGGAAGCGGAAGACUUCAGUUUGAUACCCGACACGCCUGAUCUGAUGGAGAAGAUCGAAAAAUUGCUCUCCAAAGGUUUCGAACGUGGAGCCAGCCCUGAAGAAAAGUCGCCUCCCAACUCCGUGAAACCCUCGGCGGGUUCGAUAAGCAGGAACAAGAUCGAGAAAGUCGUCUCGGGCAAGACCGUCCUGACAGCAUUGGGAUUGAAGGUUGGUGAUCGCGUUUUGGUUGGUGGCACAAAAUUGGGAACCCUGCGCUAUUGUGGAACCACGGAUUUUUCUGCGGGAGUUUGGGCUGGUGUGGCUUUGGAUUCCCCGGACGGAAAGAACGACGGGUCUGUGAAAGGCGUCAUGUACUUCAAGUGCCAAAAGAACCAUGGCGUGUUCGUCUUAGCUAACAAAAUUGCCAAGGUGGGCAAGAACUAUCGGGAUGCGAAUGCCAACAAAACGAUCCAAUCGCCGCCGAAGCCAGUCAAUCACGGAAAAGUGCCCAUUGCUCACGUCAAACCUCGCCUAACGGAGUGCCUCUCGGUGAUUGAGGAAAAGCACGGCAUCCGCGUUGGGGAUCGUGUCAAUGUGAAAGACCUCCAAACGGCCCCUGGCGUCCCUGAGGAAUGCAAGGGAACCAUCAAGUUCAUCGGAGAAGUGGAAUUUAUGCACGACGAGAAUAGAUGGAUCGGUGUGGAAUUGGAUGAGCCUCUAGGCCGGCACAAUGGAACCGUUCAAGGUGUAGAAUACUUCAAGGCCCCACUCAAUACAGGCGUGUUUGUCACGGAUGCGAAGCUCACGAAAAUUUACAAUGAUCCCCUGAGAAAAUUGAGCGUGGAGAAUGAGCAAAACGAUGCGAACUCUCCAACGGAGGCGAGUGAGAAUCGUUCCGAGAAUGGAGAUUCGCCAGAUGGUUCGAUUCACAAAACAUAUUUGAGGAAAUCACAACAGCUUCAGAAUAAUACCACCAAUGCCAAGACUGUUCAAGUAAUGGGCUCGAGCCUGUCCUCACCUUCCGCGAGCGCCAUCAGCGAGGGUUCCUCCGGACGAUCGGCACGUCUCCGAUCCGAAGAGAGGCCCUUCAAUCGGAAGAAAGAGGCUGGCUGGCAGACCGUGAACGUCCUCGAGUUUACCAAGUUCAAGAAGCAAUGUCCCAAGAAGUACCUCGCCAUUGGCAUGAGCGCCAUUUGUACACACAGCAAGGAGAUGGGAGUGGUCAAGUUUGUGGGACGGGUGGAUUUCGCUCCGGGAAUUUGGGCCGGUCUGGAGCUAAGGAAUCCCGUGGGCAAGCACGACGGGGUGAUCGAAGGGCGACGAUAUUUCCAAACCAAGCCCCAUCAUGGGGUCAUGAUCCGUCCCAAGAAGAUUUCCAUCCACGGAAUCAGUGGCGAGGAUCUCUUGAAACCCGAGCACGAAUAUCCGUUCUAAAAAGAACGAGACGCGUCAGUUCCCUCAUGUUCAUAGAUAUGCACACACUUUUUCCAUGUCUUCUUUUCGCUAAAUUUUAUACUGAAAUUUUAUAGAGCGGCAAAUAAAACUGCUGAGCCAGAGGUAACAGCUCACAA